GAAGCGAGUAGUCGUGCAUCUCCGCGAGUUUCCUCGAGUAAAUAAAUAAAAAUAAAUUUUUGUAAAGUAAACCAAGAAGGUGAAAAAAAAAAAUUGGAAGUGAUUCUGCUCAAAAAAGAGAAAAAUCCCGUAAAUCCGCUUAAUUUUAAAGCAAAAAUCAAUGCAUUGAGCAUCAUUUUUAGUAGUUUUAUAUCUACUUUACUGCCUAAAAGUAGUUGAAAAUCGAUUGAAUAAUGUUCAAACGAGAUGAAUGAGCCAAAAAUAAAUAUUGAGAGGCGCCGAUUUGAAUGGCAAAGCAAUCAAAAUAAUCUGAAAAAUAAUGAAAAAUUAAAGUGUAACGAAAAAUCAGCUGAUGAUCGAAAAAAUACGAGAAAAAAUAUGAAUUCCCUUUUGUUGUUAUUAUUAUGCGGAAUAAUAUGCAAUACACAAUUCGGAUACACCCAUGGAUUAAUUGUACGAGACAGCAGUCAUAACAAUGAUAUUUUACAAAGGCACUCCUCAUCAUCAUCAGCACAUCCAAGCUCCACGAGUUUUAGUAGUCAUACAAUAAUUAAACCAAAAAUCUUUCAUGGAAUUCACAAAACUGCCUUAAAUCAUACAUUAGAAGAGAGCGGCUUACAUGCGAGCCACUUAGCACUCCAUUAUGUCCAUCAUGGAAAAAAUGUGAUAAUAGAUUUGAAUUUAAACGAUAAUCUAAUACCAAAAGGGCAUUUUAUUCGGUACCAACUACCGAACGGUGAUAAAGUAAUUAAGAAUUUUACAAAGACUGACGUUGAUUUGUGUCAUUAUCAGGGCAAAAUCCGAAAUAAUUAUAACUCACAUGCUGCCAUUUCGACAUGUAACGGCGUGAGAGGCGUCGUAUUUGAUGGCGAUGAAACGUAUUACAUUGAGAGCGGACCGCACGGAGUCAUAAAUUCCGAGCAUGUCAUUUAUAGACACUCGGAUAUGACUCAUGAGCACAAAUGUGGCUAUGAAGGCGGAAUUAAUGCGACGCACGAUCCGGAAUUGCAUGACGAGUUCAAGAGAAUGCAAAGGAUUAAACGUGCCUUACCCAACAACUACGACAUCCGUGGACCAUACAACGCCAACAAACAUUCCAGCUACGUGGAACUCCUCAUGGUAAUCGACAACAAAAUCUACAACGACAUGGACAAGAGCAUCAAGCGCGUGCAUCAGCAUUGCAAGGACAUUGUGAACAUCAUUAACGGCUUAUACGUCCCAUUAAACAUCUUCGUUGCUCUCAUCGGGGUCGUCAUUUGGAACGAAAAGAACGAAGUCGAGCUCUCCAGCAAUGGCGACACAACUCUAAAAAAUUUCCUUCAUUAUCGCAAGAAAAUUCUCGUAAUCGAGCAUCCGAACGACAAUGCGCAACUUUUGACGAAGGAAACUUUCGAAAGCGGUGUCGUUGGCAAAGCUCUAAAAGGCCCAAUUUGCACGUACGAGUAUUCGGGAGGCGUUUCAAUCGAUCACAGUCCCACAAUUGGAGUUGUUGCGACGACAGUAGCUCACGAAAUGGGUCAUAAUUUCGGCAUGGAACACGAUACGGCGGAUUGCAAAUGUGCCGAUGACAAAUGCAUCAUGUCGGCAAGUAGUUCGAGUGUUGCCCCGCGUCAUUGGAGUCAAUGUAGCAUCGAUCAACUCAAUUUGGCAUUUCAUCACGGCAUGAAUCAUUGCUUGAAAAAUAAGCCUCAGAAAUUAUUUGACUCGCCGACAUGCGGAAAUGGAUUUGUUGAGCCCGGCGAGGAGUGCGAUUGUGGUUUGCCCGAAUUUUGUGACAAUUUGUGUUGCGAUGCGGCGACUUGUAAGCUCCAAACGAACGCGACUUGCGCAACGGGCGAAUGUUGCGACUUGACAACGUGCAGUGCAAAAACCGCAGGAACGAUGUGUCGUGCGGCAAAUGGCGAAUGUGACCUUCCGGAGUUCUGUAACGGCGAUUCGGAAUAUUGUCCGUUCGAUGUUUUCAAGCGGGACUCGGAAUCUUGCGGAAAUGACAAAGCUUAUUGCUAUCAGGGCAGUUGUCGUCGUCAAACGGAUCAAUGUCGCUUGCUUUGGGGUCCCUCGGGUCAAUCCACGGAGCAAUGUUACACGAAAAAUACGGAAGGCACGCGACACGGCAAUUGCGGAUACAAUCGCCAUGAGAACGAAUAUCUCAAAUGCAAGCCGGAAGAUGCGAUGUGUGGCAUGGUUCAUUGUCGACAUUUGAAUGAACGUCUGGAAUUCGGAAUGGAAUCAGUUUCGGUACUUUCGCAUAGUUUCAUGAACUAUCAAAAUAGCAUAAUUCCGUGUAGGACAGCGAUGGUUGACCUCGGGCUGCAAACGAUGGAUCCGGGAUUGACGCCGAAUGGAGCGAAAUGCGGCGAAGGGAAAAUGUGUUUGAACCAAACUUGUAUCGCGGUUGAGACGUUGCAAAAAGACUCGCGAUUCGCCAUGUGUAAGGACAAUUGCAAUGGAAAUGGAGUUUGUAACAGUUUGGGAAAUUGUCAUUGUGAUGUAGGAUUUGCGCCGCCAUUUUGUAAUCAUCCGGGACCUGGAGGAUCGAUCGAUAGCGGGCCAGCAAGUGAUCCUGAUGAAGGAAACGGCAUCCGCAAGUUAAUUCUCGUAUUUUUCCUCGGCGUAGUUCCAACUGUCGUCAUUUUCGCCUUUUUACUCUACUACUGGAAGAAUCAUCAUCUCAUCCCGAUCCGCAAGGCGCCAACAAUACCGCCGAAACAACUUAAAACAAGUAACGGUCUCAAUUCGCCGCCCAGUUUUGGCAGCAGCACAUCACCCAACUCGCCCGACGACAUGAACUCCGCUUUGCUCAAGAAAUCCUCGUCGACCGACACAGACGCCUCAUCGCCGCCUACCGUUAACAUGUUUGGUAAAUUCCGUGGCUUUACCCUAAAACCUCUGGCACAAACAAACGGUCCCAUAACUGCAUCGGGUGCCAAUAACAUUGCUUACGUUCAUCCCGUGACUAAAACGAAUAACGCGAGUGACAAUAAUCCAGCUGCGAAAAAAGCUCCUCCCAUUCCGAAGCCUCCCGUAGUGCAACUCACGAACCCUGUGUCCCCGAAAAAAGUCAAACCUGCUCCUAAUAACGUCAAAUUUACAGAAGUUGGCAAGGUAAUCGGCGCCAAAGGUACCGAUAUUGACGAGAAACCAGCACUGCCGCCACUGAAUCCCGGGCAAACGGGACGUCCCAUCAUCUCGAGUCCCAUUUUGGAGAAUUCUACGUGCAAUCGGCAGGAAGUACAUUCACCCGUGAAGCAAUGCGAACCGAAAAUAACGAGACCAGCUCCGCCAAAACCCGCAAAAAUUGCUCAAGAAAAGAUGCAACAACGCGCUGCGAGUCCAAAAGUGCCCGAAAUUCUCGUAAAUCCGACUUUUGUCAACACGGAAAAGCCUGAAACGAAAGAAAAUGAGGUUAAAAAGCCCAAAGAAGGACAAUUAUUGAACAGAAUAACGUCAUUUUUGAAGAAAGAAGAGAAAAAUCCCGUCGUAAUUGAGACAACGGAUGAAAAUAUCAAACCCAUAAACUCUAAACCUGUCUUAAAAACGCACCGGAAGCCCAUAGAUCGCGAAAGAUUGAAGACAAUUGAGAUUUCGUGUCCUAUCCCGAUCGUAAAUGAUGCUCCAGAUACUCCUGUGUCGCCCAAAGAUGACAUGAUCAGUCGAACGCAGAGCAUGAGAGACUCCAAUACGCUCGGAAGACGUCCCAAUAAUUACGGAGCUUCGAUGCGACAAGCUGGAAAGCGUCCUCAAAGCAUCGUAGGUCGCCCAACAUUGCCUCCGCCGCCCAAACCGCCAUCUCCAGUCAAAAGUCAGACCUCUGUGAGCGAUGAAAAGCCUCCUCCUGUUCCUCCCGUGACUUAUUCGAAUCCGCCGCCCCCGAAAAAAGUCACAAUUAACGACAUCGCAACACGAAGCCCGAUGAAAUCGCCUCCUGAACUCGCUCCGUUGGCGCAUAUCAGCGAAGAAAGUUCCCCCAUGACCCCGACUGACGACAAUAUUUACGACGAAAUUGCCGAAUCGCCAUCGCCGCCGCAUACGCAUUCCACGAGCACCGAAAGUAUGGGACUUUUGGGCGAAAUUGUCUCGGAAAUGGAAAAGAAAAAUAAUUCUGAUGCACUUUACAUUGCCUCGACAUUGCGAAAAUCCAAGCCAAAUGCGAAAAAACACACGGAAAAUGUCUACGCAAACACGCCGGAAGUCGUUUCGGAGUCAGAAACGGAAGAAGAAGAGGAAUAUACGAGCCCAAAAUCCAUUGCAAGCACAACGUCGAGUGGUUAUAUGCGUCCCACGGGAUUUGCGACGCCCGUUGCUCGUGUUGCCCCGAAUAAAGUUUCGUCCCCGCCCUCAAAUGCGAGUCAGCGCAGUAGUGUAAGUAGCUUCAAAAGUCCUCCGACAAGCCCGCAGCCUCCCUCAAAUCCCGGCGAUUUGUCAAAUAUCACAUUUACGAGCCCAUUAAGUCCGAACAGCGCGAAUUUGACGCCCAGCAAACCCGAAUCGCUGCGAACUUAUAAACCGUAUCACACGACAAUCAAUCGCCCGGGUCCCUAUCUCGCUUCGAUCGCCGCAAAAACGCAAGAAAAUGACAAAAAAUCCACAAUUCGUACUCGAACGCCGUCGCCCAGUAAGAAGCAACCACUCACGAAUGGCAUUAAAAGUCCCGAUUUGAUCCCGAAAACGAAACAACCCGAUGUAAUAAGUAGCAAAACGAAACCCGCAAAGCCUGUGACGACAACAAAACCAACAAUUGUGGCUGCGAAACCGACUGUCGCUGCAAAUAAAGCCAUUGUUGCCAAAGGAAAAGUUGGAAAUGUAACAAAAACUGCUGCAACUGGAGGAAAAACGGCAUCUCAUGUGGCUUCGUUAUCGCAAAAAUUCGAAAAUGGUCCCAAAAAAUAAUUUUUAAUAGAAUUUGUACCUCAAGAACUGUCUGAAAAUUAAAUAAAAAAUUUAAUUAAUUGAAAAAUAAUAAAAAAAAUGAAAUAAAUAAAAAAUAAUGUAAGAUAGAAUUUUAAAAUGAAAAAAAUUUUUUGUACAUAAAAUGCCAAAGAAUUUUUAAUAUUAAUCAAAAAAGCGGCAAUUUUCAAAAUAAUCAAUCAAAAAAAUUUGAAGAAAAUUUUUUGUAAAUAUUGACAAUUAAUUAUUUUUUAAAAUAUUUUAUAAAAAAAAUAAUUUACGAAUAUUUUAGUUUUUAAGAAAUUAAAUUUUUGUAUAUAUUAAAAUAAUAAUUUAC